AUGAUAAAUAUCUAAAGAUCCAUUAAAUUAAACGAAAAAUACUAGUAAGCAGAGUAAUAUUCUAAAAAAUUAGAAGGCAUAUCUAGAAUUACUAACUGGCAUGAAACAAAAGUUAAAUAUGAUAAUGCUAAUUAAAAUAAAUAUGCCAGAAAGAUGAUUGAUUAGGAAAUGAAAUAUGCUUUAAAAGAAGUCAAAAUGGUUAGAAACGUCAAGCUAAAAGAACUAUACGAAUAAGAAGCUAAGCAAUGGGAAUAAGAAUUAUCUUAGAAAGGAUUAGCAAUUUAUAAACAUAAGCAUUGA